AUGCCUCUCCUGGCAGCCCUUCGAUGCUCGCGACAAGCCCCGCGGCGGUUCUCACGGACGCAAUGCCUCGCCAAGUCGCCUCGAUUCUACUCAACAGACGCUGACGCUCCGCCGCCAUUGCUCCAAAAGCUAAAAGGCGACCUCAAGACGGCCAUGCGGGCCAAGGACGCCCCCAGGCUAUCCGUGCUCCGAGCCAUCAUGUCCGCGAACCUCAAUGCCUCCAAGACGACCUCCCCGAUCCGCACCGACGUCCAGCUAGUCGCCCUGAUCCGAAAGCUCCAGAAGAGCGCACGGGAUGCCGUCGCGGACGCCCAGGCGGCUGGGCGGGACGACUUAGUGCAGAAGGAGAAUGAGCAAAUCUCCAUCUUGGACGAGUACAUUGCGGGGAGCGGCGUGCAGACUCUGGGUGAGGCUGAGAUCAAGGCUCUCAUCACCCAAGCCAUUGAAGCUGCCAAUGGUGCUGGCAAGGGAGGCAAGUCUCUCACGGGAGAGGUGAUGAAGCGCGUCAACGCUGCUUUGGAAGGCAAAGAUGUGGACAAGAAGUCGGUUGCGGCACUGGUCAAGGAGCUGACGAGCCAGUAA